AUGAAGAAGAAGAACAAGAAGAAGAACAAGAAGAUCGAGAACAAUCAGCAGCAGCAGCAGCAGCGGAUGGAAAUUGCUGGGAUGACGCGGACGGUGACAAUGCGGCCCAUACGGCCCAGCGAUUACGAGACGGUCGUGCAGCUCGAUCGCGCGCUCUAUCCUCUGCCCGACGAGAUCGGUGCGACGCCAGCUGUACUCGCCAAGUGGUACGCGCGCCAUCCGGAGCUGGGCAUGAUCUACGAGGAGACAUGUGAGAACGAGAGCUCAAGUCCCGCCACGACUGCCGCUAUUGGCUCGAGCGCGCCGAAUCGCAUUGUGGCCGUAUGCUGCUUCAUCCCACUGUGUCACACGACGUGGUUGGACUUGAUCAGCGGCAAAACAACCGAACGCGAAGCCGCUCUGCAAGAACAACCCAACUCACCAACCGCGAAUGAGGGCGACCUUGGCCUUCACCUGUACCAUGUGGAAGUCGUCGAUCGUACGGCCUUCGCCGCUGUGUAUAAGGAUUGCGCAUUUUAUAACGUGUGGCUGGACGACUUGCGCAAAGUGCUCGAACAGAAAUGCUUGCGAAUGACUGGAUUUUCUGCACUCGCAGUCAGCUUGGCAGGAGCCGGUCUUGUUCACAAAAAGCUGGGGGUACCAUCGGCCAAGCAACUGUUCCACCAUUACCCUCAAGUUGGAUCCGUGCCGCCGGCGCAGCAGGAGGACACGUCGACUGUGAUGGUUCUUCAAAAGGGCACCAUCACACCAGUUGAGGUACCCGCUUGUAACCAAUGCAUCGACACCGGUAUCUUGGAGCCAUGUGAGCACUUGAAGCUCCAUUCGAGUGUGCAAGAGCUUCUCGCAAGCGGCUGCACCAUCGCCGGCCAAGAGAUUAUGUUUGCCGCAACCGCGGUCUGCAAGGACAGGCUGUGUCCCGACCUGCGCAAGCUCAUGCAAGCUCCUAUUGAGUAGUUUUAUCGGUUCUCUGUUGAUGAUUUACUGGUACUGAUUACGGCUAAUCUUUCACUAUUCGUUUGAUUUUUUAGUUGGAAGUCGUCGCUGGGUGUUUGUUUUCGG